AUGACUAGCCAAAUUAGUCUGGUUAAUGUUUUAGUGGUAGGGUGUGGAGGUAUAGGAAAUGAGGUUAUAAAAAAUUUAAUUUAUUCAGACAUAAAAAAUAUAUCCAUAGUUGACUAUGAUGUAGUAGAAUUGAGUAAUUUGCAUAGACAAAUUUUUUUUACAAAUAAAGAUAUUGGAGAAUAUAAAGUAAAUGUAAUAUGUAAAAAAAUAAAAGAAAGAUAUAGUGAUGUUUCAAUUGAAGGAUAUGUAAAAAAAAUCGAAUUUUUUGAUAAUACAUUUUUUGAAAAUUUUAAUUUUAUUAUUGGAUGUUUAGAUAAUAUAGAUAGUAGGAUUUAUUUAAAUAAUUUAAUUUUUAAUUUAAAAAACAAUGUUAUAUAUAUAGAUGGGGGUGUAGAAGGUUUUAAAGCUAGCAUAAAAAUUAUUAACAGAGAAAAAAAAUUUGGCUGCUUUCAAUGUACCAUUGAAAAUUAUCCCACUAAUAAAAAUGAAACAAUUCCUGUUUGUUCGAUUACUAAUACACCAAAAAAUGCAGAAGAUUGCAUACUACAUGCUAUGAAUACUUUGCGCCAAAAAAAAGAACAAGAAGGUAGUGAUCCGUUAAAUAUUAAUAGUGAACAAGACAUAAAAUGGAUAUACAAUGAAGCAAAAAAAAGAGCAAACAAAUUUAAUAUAGAUCAUUUAACAUAUUUAUUAACUGAACAAGUAAUACAAAAUAUAAUUCCAACUACUAUUAGCACUUUAAUAAUAGUAGCUUCAUUAAUGAUAAAUGAAUUAAAUAAUUAUAUUCUUAUGGAAAAUGGAACUAGCCAAAAUAAUUAUAGCGAUAUUUUAUAUGUAGGAGAUAAUGGCUUUUAUUUAUACUAUUAUAAAAUAUAUAAAAACCCUGAAUGUGUUGUUUGUAAUAAGAAACAUAUACAUCAUGCAUUUAAGAAAACGGACACCUUAAGUGUUCUCAUUGAAUUUAUUAAAAAAACAUACAAUAUCGAAAAAAUGUCAAUAUCAUCACAAUCAUCCAUAUUAUUUAUAAUGUCAAAGUAUUUAAAAAAUGAUUAUUAUAACAAUAUGCUAAAUUGCACAUUUCAGGAAUUAAUCGAAACCGGGAAAAUAUCAGAAAAUGACUAUUUGAAUGUUCAAACAAGUAAACAAAAUUUCCUCCUUUUCCUUCAUUUUAAAGAAAAUUGUUAA